GUGGCCGGGCGGCGGCGGCCCCGGUGCAAGGCGGGAGGCGGCGGCGGGGCCAUGGCCUGGUCCCGGUACCAGCUGGGCCUGGCCGCCCUCAUGCUGCUCACCGGCUCCAUCAACACCUUGGCGGCCAAGUGGGCUGAUAACUUCAGCGCGACCGGCUGCGGGGGGACGGAGGAGCAUGGCUUCCAGCACCCCUUCCUGCAGGCCGUGGGCAUGUUCCUGGGUGAAUUUUCCUGCCUGGGGGUGUUUUACCUGCUGGUGUGGAGGGAUCGGCGGAAGGCGGAGCCCAGCAUGGCCCCCUCGCAGCCCUUCAGCCCCCUGCUCUUCCUGCCCCCCGCCCUCUGCGACAUGACUGGGACCAGCAUCAUGUACGUGGCCUUGAACAUGACCAGUGCCUCCAGCUUCCAGAUGCUGCGAGGCUCCGUCAUCAUCUUCACCGGGCUCCUCUCCGUGGCCUUCCUGGGCCGCAGGCUGGAGCUGAGCCAGUGGCUGGGCAUCCUGGUCACCAUCGUGGGGCUGGUGGUGGUGGGGCUGGCCGACCUGCACAGCUCCCACGACCAGAAACACAAGCUCAGCGAGGUCAUCACCGGUGACCUGCUCAUCAUCAUGGCCCAGGUCAUCGUUGCCAUCCAGAUGGUUCUGGAGGAGAAGUUUGUCUACAAGCAUGACGUGCACCCGCUGCGGGCCGUUGGGACUGAAGGUUUUUUUGGCUUCAUCAUCCUGGCCCUGCUGCUGGUGCCCAUGUACUACAUCCCGGCUGGCAGCUUCAGCGGGAACCCUCGGGGGACGCUGGAAGAUGCCUUAGAUGCCUUCUGCCAGGUCGGGCACCGGCCCCUCAUCGCCCUGGCCCUGCUGGGGAACAUCAGCAGCAUCGCCUUCUUCAACUUCGCCGGCAUCAGCGUCACCAAGGAGAUCAGUGCCACCACCCGCAUGGUCCUGGACAGCCUCCGCACCCUGGUCAUCUGGGCCGUCAGCCUGGCCCUGGGCUGGGAGACCUUCCACGGCCUGGAGAUCCUGGGCUUUGGGGUGCUGCUGACGGGUGCUGCUCUUUACAACGGCCUUCAUCGGCCCCUCCUCACCCUCCUGCCCCGGCGCCGGGGGGAGGAAGAGCCCAGAGCGGGCGAACGGGAGGGUUUGCUGCGUGGGGAGAGCACGGCCAUCAACCAUGGGGAGAACUGAGCCUCAACCACCCCCCUGGCCACCUUGUCCCCGUGUCCCGUUUGGGGUUUAUUUCCCUGGAUUGUCCCCUCCCCUGCUCCUGGGGAGGGGAUGGACGUGGUGGUGGUGACACCGGUCACCAUCCUCCUGGAGAAACUUCUCCCCUCCUCCUGGAGAAACAUCUCCCCUGCUCCUGGGGAGGGGAUGGACGUGGUGGUGGUGACACCAGUCACCAUCCUUCUGGAGAAACUUCUCCCCUUCUCCUGGAGAAACAUCUCCCCUCCUCCUGGAGAAACAUCUCCCCUCCUCCUGGGGAGGGGAUGGACGUGGUGGUGGUGACACCAGUUGCCAUCCUCCUGGAGAAACAUCUCCCCCCACCUCGCUGCCGGGGCUCUGGGGGGGGUGAUGAUGAGACUGUGCCUGCCCUUCCCGGUGGGAAACGGCCCCCCCGGCCCCUUGCUGGGGGUGGGGGGCAGCUUCUGCCCCUGUUGCCAGGGGGCUGUGGGGGGUGGUGG